AAAGUGUAUACUCUUACCAACCCGUCUGUGUUGUGCUGCUUGGCCCAUGUCUUUUCCACUUUCCCAUUCCAUCUGUUUUUAAAAAGACACCUGGCAGCCUAAAGUAUGGCGACUGAGAUGAAAACGUUGGCAUUCUGGCGCGCUGUCCUAGCAGAGUUGGUUGGAAUGAUCCUUUUCAUAUUCAUCGGCAUCACGGCUGCCAUCGGAAAUCAGAACAACAGCGGCCCCGACCAGGAGGUCAAGGUGGCUCUGGCGUUUGGGUUGGCCAUUGCCACGCUUGCGCAAAGUCUGGGGCACAUCAGCGGGGCACACCUCAAUCCAGCCGUGACCCUGGGCCUGCUGGCCAGCUGCCGGAUCAGCCUUCUCCGGGCUGUGUUCUAUAUCGCCGCUCAGAUGCUAGGGGCUAUCUUAGCCAGUGCUGUUACUUUAGGACUAAGGCCAGCCAGCAUUAAUGCUCUAGGCUUGAACCAGCUGAAUGGAGUCAAUGCUGCUCAAGGCUUUGGCAUAGAGUUCCUGCUCACUCUCCAGCUUGUACUCUGCGUCAUUGCCACCACAGAUAAAGGGCGACGUGAUGUCAGCGGUUCAGCACCACUGGCCAUUGGUCUCUCUGUGGGCCUCGGACACCUGGGAGGCUUAAGUUAUACAGGGUGUGGCAUUAACCCUGCUCGUUCUUUCGGGCCAGCAGUCAUAUUGAGGAACUUCGACUACCACUGGGUAUACUGGGCUGGUCCCAUGAGCGGGGGCAUUGUGGCUGCCCUCCUCUACAACCUGCUUCUGUCUCCUAAACUUGGCGACCUUCCCGAGAAUCUCAAGGUCCUGUGCCAUGGUGAUUGUGAAAGUGAGCGAGAACCUCUGCUGGACGGCGCUGAGGGAGACCAGUGGGCCAAGCAGUGAAAACGAUUUGCUCAUUCCAGGGGCCUAAAUUUUGUGAUGAUGGCAAUAAAAAAAGGAAUUUAAGUAA